AUGACCACCACACGCUCAAAAAGACCUCUUCGGCCUAUCAGAAUCGGCAAUGCGUCUGGUGCAAUUGGCGACGGCAUCGAUCAGAUCUACAAAUUGGCAAAAUCGGGAUCAGUUGAUGCCAUUACCGCUGACUACUUAGCCGAGUUCAACAUCGCAUGGAAGGCCAUAGAGCUUCAAACUCAGCCAGAGCUCGGGUAUGAACCUAAUUUUCUCGAGCAAUUGGCCUGGGAGAAUGGGGACGCUGCUCGACUAGUAGCAGAAAAGCGCAUUAAAAUUGUCCAUGACGGUGGUGCGCUGAAUCCAAAAGGCCUUGCUGUGAAGGUAGACGAAUACUUCAAGAAUUUGGGAUUUGAUGAUGUGAAAGUAGCUGCAGUCAUAGGAGAUGAUGUGACCAAGAGGCUGCGGCAGAAUCAACUUGGGAGUAUCCGACACCUCGAUCGCGAUGGGGAAUACUUCAAUCCCAAGAAGCAGAAGAUCUUGGCAGCAAAUGCAUACACGGGACAAUCUGGGAUCGUCAGUGCUCUUCAGGCAGGCGCAGAUAUUGUCAUCUGCGGGCGGUGUUGCGACGCGAGCCCCGUGAUGGGCCUUGCAUACUGGUGGCACGGCUGGAACUCCACGGAAUAUGACAAAAUGGCUGGGAGCCUUAUGGCCGGCCAUCUUAUUGAGUGUGGAGCCUACGUGACAGGGGGGAACUUCUGUGGUGCUCAAGAGAUUGAGCAUCUUCACCAUGCAGGAUACCCUAUCGCGGAAAUUUCGUGCGAUGGGACGGCUGUAAUAACAAAACCUGUCGAUAGCAACGGGGCCGUCACAGUAGACACUUGCAAGGCACAACUGUUAUACGAGAUCCAAGGCCCAAUUUACCUUAAUGCUGAUGUGGUUGCCGACAUCGAGCAGGCGAAGUUAGAGGAGGUUGGCAAAGAUCGUGUCAGAGUAACGGGCAUCAAAGGGAUGGCACCUCCCUUGACCGCAAAGCUUGCGAUAUGUCUAGCUGGUGGAUGGCAAGCUGAGCUCUCGGGCUUCUGCGCCGGACUGGAUACAGACUUCAAGUUUCAGCUCCUAAAAGACCAAGUAAUGCGCCAGAUCAACCCCAACGACUUCUCUACCAUCAGCAUCGAAAAAUAUGGAACACCAAGCCCAAAUCCUCGUUCACAGGCAGAAUCCACCGUUCAUAUCCGAAUGUUUGCACAGUCUCCUGAUAAAGACGCCAUGAUCCAGUUCAAAAGGGCCAUAUUCUAUAACGGCAUGCAAGGAUAUUGUGGACUUCACCUGUCUAUGGAUUGGAGAACUAUGGAAGCACGGCCGUACGUGAAAUAUUUUCCCGCUCUUAUGGCUCAAUCAGAUCUUCCAUUAGAGGUGCAGUUCAUUGGGACUUGGCCACGAGUAGUUGCGGUGGAGGCUCGCAGACGCUCUGAGUGCAUCUUGCAGGUUCCAGUCCAGCGAAGUUACCAACCAGCGGCUGGGCUCGAUGAACAAUGCCAGACUAUUCGGCGUCCAUUGGGCGACCUGGUCUUUGCUCGUAGUGGCGACAAGGGAGGAAACGCCAAUGUUGGCUUUUGGGUUCGCAACUCGGCGGCAUGGCCGUGGCUACAAGCAUUCAUGACCAGCUCCAGGCUCGCCGAGCUUUUUGCGGACGACUGGGAUGAAAAGUACACCGUCGAGCGCUGCGAGUUUGCAUUAUUGCACGCGGUCCACUUCGUCGUGAAGGGGAUCUUGCAGGAUGGUACACCGAUAUCUACUUUACAAAGUCAAGCGGAAGUUACCCAAAUUGUCCAAUUGAAGUCCAUAAACAACUCGCAAAUGGCGAACGCUAGCCCAAUCAGAAAUUCUACGGGUCGUUACGAAAACGUCGACUUUCGCAAGGCCAUAGGAUUCCAAUAUCCUCCAGUCAAGUGCAGUUACAAUCGCCGCGACGUUCUGUUGUUUGCCAAUGCAAUCGGAGUGCAACGAGAUGAGCUGCAUUUCUUGUACGAGCUCCACCCCAAAUUCGCUGCCUUCCCAACUUUUCCGAUCAAUUUGGGCUUUAAGCAAACUGAUCAAGACGUUUUCGAUUUCAUUGCCCGCACGACCACCGUUGACGUGCCAGGGAUCCCACCGUUUGACCCUCAGAGGUCGGUGGAUGGCGAACGGGGUAUCGAGAUAGUAAGGCCACUACCCGUAAGCUCUGAGGGACUGGACUUGGAAAUUCGCAACAAAGUCAUUGGAGCAUAUGACAAAGGAGGAGCUAUGAUCCUAGAAUCUGAGGGGGAGUUAGUGGACAUCAAGACUGGUAUAACAUACGCCAGGCUCUCAUCUACCGCCUUUGGUAUUGGUCAAGGUGGAUAUGAUGGCCCACGAGGUCCAUCAAAGCCGGCUAUCAAAAUGCCAACCCGAGCACCUGACGCUAUCCAUAAAAUGCAGACCACGACUGAAAUCGCACUGCUGUAUAGGCUCUGCGGAGAUUACAAUCCUCUCCACGCAGAUGAGGAGUUCGGCAAGCGCGCUGGCUUCAAAGGGUCCAUUCUCCAGGGACUGGGUACUUGGAAUAUUGCCGCUCACAGCGUAUUGCGGGAACUAGGCAGGUCGAAUCCGGCAAGGCUUCAGAAGUUCGGCGCAAGAUUCAAAAGUGUCGUGUAUCCUGGAGACAAGCUCGUAACACCUGUGGAAGAAGACGGGCGAAUAGCACUAUCUAACGGAUAUGCCCACUUGAAGAGGGAGAAGAACAAGCUGUAG